AUGUCUAAGCUCUACGUUGGAAACUUGUCCUGGAACACCACUGAGGAGAGCCUCCGUGAGGCUUUCGGUGCCUACGGCAACAUUGUCGACGCUGUCGUUAUGCGCGACCGCGAGACUGGCCGUGCCCGCGGCUUUGGAUUCGUUACCUACGGUAGCCAGGAGGAGUCUGAUGCUGCAAUCAACGCCCUCCACGAUCAGGAGCUUGACGGACGCCGCAUCAAGGUCAACGUCGCUACUGCCCGAACUGGAGGUGGUGGUGGUGGUGGUGGUGGUUACAACCAGGGUGGUUACAACGGUGGUCAACAGUCUGGCUACGGUGGUGGCUACGGUGGUCAACAGCAGGGACAGUGGCGUUAA